CCACAGCUCUACACCAUCUACCUGAUCCGCACCGGCCAGUUUGACAAGGCCCCUGCCACCAUCGCCCGGCGCUACUCAGACUUCGAGCAGCUGAACCGCCGCCUGCGCUGCCGCUUCGGCUGUGACAUGGCCGGCGUUGCCUUCCCCAGGAAGAGGCUGCGCCGGAACUUCACCGCCGAGACCAUUGCCAAGCGGAGCCGAGCCUUCGAGCAGUUCCUGUCCCAUUUGCACUCCAUCGACGAGAUCCGCCGCUCCCCUGAGUUCCUCGAGUUCUUCUUCCUGCCGGACCUGCGGGCCGCGCAGCGCCUCACCUGCACCGGCAUGUACCGCGAGGCCCUGGCCACCUGGGCCAACGCCUACCGGCUGCAGGACCGGCUGGGGGUCUGCAGCUCCGGCCGCUUCCUCCUGACAUUGGCCGGGCUGGCCGUGUGCCACCAGGAGCUGGACCAGCUCGGCGAGGCCCACAGCUGCUGUGAGCAGGCGCUGCAGCUGCUGGAGGCCCAGGGCAGCCACCCACUGCUGGGGCCCUUCCUGCAGGCCCACAUCCACCUGGCCUGGAAGGUGGGCAAGGACAAGCGGCGCUCGGAGGCCCGGCUGCAGGACCUGCGGGAGGCUGGGCUGCCCCUGCAGCAGCAGCCCUCCCUGAAGGAGUGCCUGAUCAAGGAGCCUCUGGAGUGAAGCAGUCCGUGCCUCCAUGGACAGGAGGGCAGGGGCUGCAGGGGACUCGCACCCAUGGUGGCGGGGAGCAGGGCGCUGCCAUGAGUGGGGAUGUGGCAGGGGGGCAGUGCCACACUCCCAUGGCAGCAUGGCCCGUGCCUGGAGCUGCCUCCUAAAUGCACUUUCUCUGUGGUUAGUCUGUCCAGUGGGACUGGGGGCUCACAGGGGUUCACGGAGGUCCACCACCCACAGUGACGUUGCUGGAGCCACUCCCCCUCUGUGGGGGAUCCUGGAAUGGCUGGGACUUUAGCUGGGACAUACUGGCACCGCACAAGGGAACGGGAAGGCUUCUGGCAGGGUUUGGGGCUCUUGCCGGGAACUUCCCAUAAAACUUAUAUAAUAAAAAGGACUUUAUUAAAUAAAGUCUUGGCAGGAAGAAGA